AUGUGCCUUGAUGCGGCCUCCCAGACUGUCAUAAAGACCCCUCACGAUGAUGACAAAUGCCGCAGAGUCCAGGUGGAGAGGACGAUAUACGAGAGGUUCGAGCAGCGAGGCGGGCAUAGGGGACUCCUGCGAUACCACGGCCCGUAUUUAACAGCUGGCCAAAGCCACUUACCGCACUCGUUCGAUCUAUCCCCCGCACCUCACGCGCACCCGCUCCAUAAUGCAGAGCAUAUCAAUGAUGCUGUCCAAACUAUACCCCCGACUCCUAUGGGUCCCCCGACCUGGUCACGAAAGAAGAAGGCUCCAACGCUACGAGCUAAUGCUUGGGAGCCUUACAAAGCUCGAAUCAUCGAGCUCAAUAUUACGCAAAAGCUUCCGCUAAGGAACGUUAAGGAGAUCAUAAAGGAAGAGUUUGGCUCUACUGCUGCGGUACGACAAUAUCGUUCACGCACCACUCAGUGGAGGAAGGACAAAAAUAUCAAGCCAGAGGAAAUGAGAGCAAUCGCCAGAAAACAACAACGGAGGAAACUUGUUGAGGUUAUAAACCUCCUUGUAUGCUCCAAGCCCAGCAGCAUCUACGCCCUCUACCGUUGA